CGGGCUAAUCACGAGGGGUGCGACGAUUACGAUCCCCAGCAAGAAAAGACUUUUAUCCAGUACCUCGACGUGAAUAGUUUGUACCCGUACGCGAUGACUUUCCAUCUCCCGACAGGUGGUUUUGAGUGGGUCGAUCCUUCGAGGUGGAGCGAGAUUGAUUUUCUCAACAUUCCUCACGAUUCGGAAGUGGGUUACGUAUAUGUGGUAGACUUGUUGUAUCCCGAAGAACUGCACGCGCUCACCAGGGAUUUUCCCCUGGCACCCGAACACAGGUGCGUGGACGAGAACGAACUGUCCCCCUACCAGCGACACCUGAAAGAUGCGUUGGCGCUGAACGCCCCUCCCACAAAGAAACUCUUGCUGACGUGCUAUGACAAAGAACGCUACGUCGUUCAUUAUGCAUUGCUCGCUCUGUACGUGAGGUUGGGCAUGAAAAUAAAACGUGUUCACAGCAUCCUCUCGUUCCGCCAAGACGACUUUUUGCGAACCUUCGUGCAGAGAAACGUCGCGUUGAGGAAUGCCGCGAGCACGAAAUUCGAGAGACUUCUGUACAAAACCAUGUCGAACAGCACGUUCGGUAAGUCGAUACAAAAUGUGAGACGCAUGAAAAGGUACGCAAUAGCCUACGACAAAGAAAGUGCACUACGAAAGGCUAGCUCCGUCGACAGUCAGCAUUUUCUCAUUCUGAGUGACAAGUGCAUCUUGUACGAGAUGAAACAACGCCGCAUCAAAUGCACGCACCCCCUUUACGUGGGCUUUGCCAUUCUUGAAAUAUCCAAAGUCCGAAUGUACAGCUUCAUCUACGAGUCGCUCUUUUCUCGCUUGACAUGUCCAGUGCAAUUGAUCUAUAGCGACACGGACAGCGUAAUUUUUUCUCUCACGUGUGAAAGCCUGGAAGAGCAGCUGAUGAAGAUUGAGAGUGAGUUAGAUCUGUCUUCCUAUCCGCCAGACCACCCACUUUUCAACGACGAGCACGCGAACCAGAUGGGGUACUUCAAAGACGAGACGGGGGGCGGAGUUAUUCAGGAAGUCGUAGCCAUCCGAGCGAAAAUGUACAGCAUUCUCUUGGCUGGGUCACACAAACAGAUCGCGAGAGCCAAAGGAGUUAAGAAAGACGUGGUGCGGAAACAUUUAUUGCACGAAGUGUACCGAGAUUCUCUGUUCAAUGAAAAGGCGGUCUCUCAGAAGCAGUGCACCAUCCAGAGUAUAAAGCAAACGAUGUACACCAUUUCGAGACUCAAGAAGAGCUUGGUCCCCUACGACGACAAACGCUAUCUCGUGGAUGCCGUACACUCCUUCCCUUAUGGGAGCUGCGAAUACGCACCGGAAAACCCGGAAGAGAGCCCGAGACCGUCGACGUCAGGCAUCGAGUAACCGUUGAACAAAGAGCU